ACACAAACUUUGAAUCUCUUCUACAUAAACUUGAGGAGCUCCUGCCGCAUAUUAAAGUCCCUGUCAUUGUGAAGGGUGUUGGCCAUGGAAUAGAGAAGCGUAGUGUGAUGGCUUUACAGAGAGUGGGAGUAAAAUAUAUUGACGUCUCGGGAUGUGGUGGAACCUCAUGGGCAUGGAUUGAGGGAUGGCGGCAUCCGGAUCUCCCUGAUGACCAAAACUUGGGAUACAUCUUUCGGGACGUUGGGAUCACCACCGACCGUUCCCUGCAGGAAUGUGCGCCUCUCACCCAAGCAAGUGAUCUUCGUCUUAUCGCUGGAGGCGGCAUUCGUACCGGUCUUGACAUCGCCAAAUCCCUGAUGAUGGGCGCGGAAUGUGCAACCGCAGCCUUGCCCUUUUUGAAAGCUGCACUGGAAAGUCCCGAAAGGGUUCGUGGGGUCAUUCAGAGGUUUAAAAAGGAACUUAUUGUCGCCAUGUUUGCCUGUGGUGCGAGUACCAUUGAGGAGUUACGGAAAAUGUCCCUUAGCGUGUCCUCGUCGCUUUAG